GCCCAGCAGGCCCAACAGCCCCGGGGCGGAUGGCUCGGGUGGCCGGGCACCGCGGCGCUGCCCCGCGCUCCCUCCUGCUCCCGCUGCUCCUGCUGCUCCCACCGCCGCCACUGGCCCAUGCCAGGCCGCUGGACACCCAGUACCACUACCCUGUGAGUAGGGGGCAGCAGCCCUGGCAUGCAGCUCUGUCUAGUAGCCUGGCAUCUGCCUCUGGUGCUCAGGAGGCUCUCCGGCCUGCUGGUGGCCCCAGACCUCCACGAUGUGGUGUGCCUGACCCACCUGAUGGGCUGAGUGCCCGCAACCGGCAGAAGCGCUUCGUGCUGUCUGGCGGGCGCUGGGAGAAGACAGACCUCACUUACAGAAUCCUCCGGUUCCCAUGGCAGCUGGUGCACGAGCAGGUGCGGAAGACAAUGGCAGAGGCCCUACGGGUAUGGAGCGAGGUGACACCACUCACCUUCACUGAGGUGCAUGAGGGCCGUGCUGACAUCAUGAUCGACUUCACCAGGUACUGGCAUGGGGACAACCUGCCUUUUGAUGGGCCUGGGGGCGUCCUGGCCCACGCCUUCUUCCCCAAGACCCACCGAGAAGGGGACGUCCACUUCGACUAUGACGAGAACUGGACUAUUGGGGACAACCAGGGCACAGAUUUGCUACAGGUGGCAGCUCAUGAGUUUGGCCAUGUACUGGGGCUGCAACAUACAACAGCAGCUAAGGCCCUUAUGUCCCCUUUCUACACUUUCCGCUAUCCACUGAGCCUCAGCCCAGAUGACCAGAGGGGCAUCCAGCACCUAUAUGGCCGACCGCAGCUGGCCCCCACCUCCCAUGCCCCAGCCCUGGGACCCCAAGAUGGAAUAGAUACCAACGAGAUUGCACCACUGGAGCCGGAGACCCUACCAGAUGCAUGUGAGGCCUCCUUUGAUGCCGUCUCCACCAUCCGAGGCGAGCUCUUCUUCUUCAAGGCAGGCUUUGUGUGGAGGCUGCGUGGCGGCCGGCUACAGCCUGGGUACCCUGCACUGGCCUCUCGCCACUGGCAGGGACUGCCUAGUCCUGUGGAUGCAGCCUUCGAGGAUGGCCAGGGCCACAUUUGGUUCUUCCAAGGUGCUCAGUACUGGGUGUACGACGGUGAGAAACCAGUCCUGGGCCCCGCACCCAUCUCUGAGCUGGGCCUGGUGGAGUCCCCAGUCCACGCUGCCUUGGUCUGGGGUUCGGAGAAGAACAAGAUCUACUUCUUCCGAGGCGGAGACUAUUGGCGUUUCCACCCCAGCACCCGACGUGUGGACAGUCCUGUGCCCCGCCGGGCCACUGACUGGAGAGGGGUGCCCCCUGAGAUUGAUGCUGCCUUCCAGGACGCUGAUGGCUAUGCCUACUUCCUGCGUGGCCGCCUCUACUGGAAGUUUGACCCUGUGAAGGUGAAAGUUCUGGAGGGCUUCCCACGUCUUGUGGGCCCUGACUUCUUUGGCUGUGCUGAACCUGCCAACACUUUCCGCUGACCACAGCUUGGAUGCCUUCAGGGAUUCUGACCCCUGCCAGGCCACUUAUAUCAGGAUAAAGAACCACAGCCACCUUUGUGGCUCUCAGAUCAGGCAUGGGACAGAGCCUUUGUCUCCUCAGGGGGUGUGGUAGGGGUACAAUCACCAUGACAACUGCAGGGAGGGCCACGCGGGUCGUGGUCACCUGCCAGCAAGUGUCUCAGAUUGGGCAGGGAGCCUUUGGCCUUACUUAAAGGAGGGUGGUCUUGGGCCAGCUACACCCACCUAUGUAGGUCAUGGCCAAACCUGUGUCUCCAUUCCUGUGCCUCAGGGUAGGACCUCAGCAGAGAUGGGGAACUACAGUGUCCUCACUCCAUCCCUGCUGUGAGGUUCCUGUUGGGUGCUGGUGCUGGAGCUGGGGUGCCAGGGUCCCCAUGGCCUUCUGCUCUGGCCAAGCAACUGGGCCUCCAGGAGGGGUCCUUUCCUGAGAAGUCAACUCUGGGUAGAUGCUUGGAUCUGGCCACCUUCUGCCUGGUGACCCUAGAGAUCUCCUCUCCAGGGUUCAGGCCCAAAUGUCCACAGCCAGCUGGGAGACCCUGGAGACCCUGAGCCCUGGAGGCCUCAACAUACCUCAGUCUUGUCCAUGUCAUUUCUUCCUGCAGCCCUCAUUCUAGCACUGGUAUCCUCCAAAGUGAUGUAAAUGUGUAUACAGUGUACAAAACAAAGCCUUUUUUUUUUUUAAACUGAGGACUAUCAUUAAACACAAUUGUUUUCUA